UUGCACGCAAUCCAAUGCGCUCACCCCUCCAUAAAACCAAACAGCGAGCCGUUCCUUUCAGCUUCACUUCUCAGUUCUAACAACCCGAAUAGAGAAACGAUGGAUCAAUCCAAACCCGAAAGCCUCAUUCUCGUUUCCCGCGAUCCAAACGGCAUCGCAACCGUCACAAUCAAUCGUCCUAAAUCCCUCAACUCUUUGACCAGGGCCAUGAUGACACGUUUGGCUAAGGAGAUCAAGGCCUUGGGUCUUGAUGAUUCCGUUCAUGUCAUCAUUCUCUGCGGAACUGGUCGGGCUUUCUGCUCUGGCGUCGACCUCACCGCGGCUGAAGACGUUUUUAAAGGGGAUGUUAAGGAUGUGGAGUCCGACCCUGUUGCGCAAUUGGAGAGAUGCAAAAAACCCGUUAUUGGUGCGAUAAAUGGAUUUGCGGUGACUGCUGGCUUUGAAAUCGCGCUCGCUUGCGAUAUUCUGGUUGCUGCUAAAGGAGCCAAGUUUAUGGAUACUCAUGCUAGAUUUGGUAUAUUUCCUUCGUGGGGUCUUUCACAGAAGCUUCCACGCAUUAUAGGACCUGGCAGGGCUCGUGAAGCUUCAUUAACUGCCAUGCCCAUAACAGCAGAGCAGGCUGAGAAAUGGGGCUUGGUUAACUAUGUUGUUGAAGAGAGUGAACUAUUAAAGAAAGCUCGAUCAAUUGCAGAGGCCAUGAUAAAAAAUAAUCAAGAUUUGGUAUUGAGAUACAAAUCUGUCAUAAAUGAUGGCCUGAAGCUGGACUUAGGUCAUGCUCUUUCUUUAGAGAAGGAGAGGGCAUACGAGUAUUACAAUGGAAUGACCAAAGAACAGUUCAAGAAGAUGCAAGAGUUCAUAGCUGGUCGGAAUGCAAAGAAACCUCCUUCCAAGUUGUAGAUUAUAGAUUAGUAUUACUUGAUGGUUUUUUGGUGGAAAUAAACAAUAAACAUGUAUGUUAUCCCUGAUUAGUAGGAAAAAUGAAAUGAAUAUUUAAUUGCUCGGUUUAAAUUCAUAUAAAUAAUUUUUUAAUUCA